UUCAUUCAGCAAAGACCCUGACUCGCUUUAUCCUCAUUAUCAACGGUCGCAACCUCUGGCCUGCCUUGUAGGCUGUAAUAGCGACUUUUCACUGGACUAUCUGACCCCGAAAUGAAGUUGAUCCCUCCUUAAAGCACGGUUGACCGAUUGCAUUGCGCACGGAGCGCUACCGCUGACAUCGUGUCCUUGCCUUCCUCGAUUGCGACCCUGGUUUCCUCAAUGCUCCGCACGGAAGACGACGCAGAUCUAGCGGCUGAUUCAAGAUCUAUACGCAAUGACUCGCCAAGAACGCCAACAUACCCCCUGCGUCGACCGGAAAAGCGGUCAGUUCGCGCUGGCGUCGGAUCAAGUGCUAGGGAUGGUAUUUGAGCAUUCGGAGGAGCCCCCCCGAACCCCAGGUCGUCGCACGACUUCGAGAACAUCCCUAGUGGAUGUCUUCGAAGGCUCGACAGCGCAUUCAACGCUCACCGAGUGGUCGCGAGACACAUCCCCUUCCAGGAACCACGACAAGGACCCAGACCGCGUGCUAAAAUUAUCUCCCGCCAAGAUGCAGGAACUCACAUCCUCACCGCAGUCUAUCCCGUAUCGUGCAGCGCCACCGGAGCAAUCAGAACGCGGACGACGGGCAGUAUCGGAUGGAACGCAUGGAGCAGCUGCGCAGUUUGAAACGCCAGAGCCCACAAGCCUGCCGUCUGUGGAUGAACGUAACUUUACAUCCGAUACUCUACCUAAACUCCGUCUGCCCAAAGAUCUUUCCAUCGACACCUCGACCGUCUCGACUGGGAGAACACCUGCGUCAUCCUCUUCGCGAAAUCGACCAUCAAACUCACGGGCGGUGUCAACACCUAGCUCACGCCGACAGACCUUGCCGGCGACGAACGACAGGCUGGCUCAGACAUGGGCGUCUCGCACAAAACAAGAUCGCCUUUCGAUCACUCGGGAAUCGGAUUCGAAACACCUUGAACCUUCCCCACAGAUGAAAGAACAGGCCUUGCCUUCACCGAUGCCCCCGAAUAUCCCUCUGCCGCCUUUAUCCGUUCCAACUUACCUCCAGUUAGAGCUGGCAUCGGGUCGCCCAUCACCGCUGUACAUUCACCGCUCUGCAAUGACCGACUUCCCUUACGAGUCUUCUCGAGUCAAGCUUGAAAGACUCAUGAAUUUCCUGAUGCUGCCGCCGGCGGUAGAGCAGGUACUCUGGUUCGGUAUAUUGGCAUGUCUAGACGCGUGGUUGCAUUCUUUUACCAUUCUCCCGCUCCGGUUUCUGAAGGCUUUGUACAUACUCGUUGAGUCAUGGAUUUUGAACUUGGGUGUAGAGUUUCGGUACGUGUCUGGCUUCGUUAUCAAAGGCGUGGGCCGGGUAUGGCGCAGGCGCAACAGGACCGCAUCUAUCGACGAGCCACCGCGUGGCUUCGACGUGGGACGCUCACACAAAGGCGAAACGGCAACCGGAGAACGAGAUUCCAGCGCCAAGGCAACCGAGUCUCGAAAAAGGCACCGAUCUCACGGACACCGAGCGCAGCAUCGGCGGCAGAAGAGUAUACCGUCAGCUCUAAUGCCAGACGACAAGGCCGACAUCCUCAAGGGCUUGCUCAUGAUCGCUACCUGCUGCGUUCUGAUGCGCUUCGAUGCGAGCCGGAUGUACCACUGGAUUCGUGGACAGGCAGCUAUCAAGCUGUACGUGAUCUACAAUGUGCUAGAAGUCAGCGAUCGACUGUUUGGCGCCAUCGGUCAGGACGUGCUUGAGUGCCUAUUCUCGCGUGAAGCGCUGGAGCGGCGACCCGACGGCCGCAGCAAGAUCUUCCGGCCGUUUGGGCUCUUCUUGCUGGCGUUAGGCUACACAGUCAUUCAUUCGACAGCACUGUUCUAUCAGGUGAUGACGCUGAACGUUGCGGUGAACUCUUACUCCAAUGCGCUGAUCACCCUGUUGCUCUCCAAUCAAUUUGUCGAGAUCAAGUCCACGGUCUUCAAAAAAUUCGAAAAGGAGAACCUCUUCCAGCUCACCUGCGCGGACGUGGUAGAACGCUUCCAACUCUGGCUCAUGCUGACGAUCAUCGCAUCGCGCAACAUUGUGGAAACUGGGGCAUUCAAUAUCUUCAGUGGGUUGGGAUCUAGCCUCACUUCAACCAGCACCAACAGCACGCCGCUGUCGACUCCACCACGAACUGCAUCCUCGAUCCUCCCGCAGGCCUUCACAAUCGUCCCGUCAUCUAUCAUUGCCUCCUUCAGCCAUGCCAAUUCCUACCUCCCGACGCUGGCGCAAGUCCUAGGACCCUUCCUCGUCGUCUUGGGCUCGGAGAUGCUAGUCGACUGGCUCAAGCACGCGUACAUCAACAAGUUCAACAACACCCGACCGGCCAUCUACGGUCGCUUUCUGGACAUUUUGGCCAAGGACUACUACACGAAUGCGUUCGCGGACCAAAACCUCAUGCGCCGGCUCGGACUGCCCGUGAUCCCACUAUCCUGCCUCUUCUUUCGCGUCAGCGUCCAGACCUACCAGAUGUUUAUCGCCGCCUUACUCCCCCAGCAGCCCGCCUCGUCCACCGCGGUCGAAGCCACCUCCCUCACGGCCAUCCACAGCCAAUACGUCCCCGCGCCCAUGCCCUCCCCUCCCCCGCUCACCUUCCGGAAUUUUAUCCCCACCUCGACCGCCUACGCCGGGGCCUGGUUCCGCCAGAUGCUCGCCAACACCAUGCCCACCCCGGCCUCAUCCGUCUACAUCUUUACCAUCGUCCUCAUCUUGACCGGCUACGUCGUCCUCCUGAUCCUCAAGUUACUGCUCGGCAUGCUCCUCCUCGCGCUGGCCCGCUCCCGGUACAAGGCCAUGAAACUGCGCGAGGCAGAACAGCAAGCCCACCCCACCGCCGUCCCACCCCGUCCCCGCGAAUUCGCCGUCGAGGGGAGCCGUCGAGUCGGCGGAUGGGGCGUCGUCGAGGUGAACGACGAUCACCGGCGGUGGAUCUACGCCGAUGACCCGGAUGGUCUGCGGAGACUCAAAGCGAAGGAGGAGAAGGACGCGAAGGCUGGUGGUGGCAAGGAGGAGCUGCAUCUGGAUCACGUGCAGCGGUACGAGAUGGUCGCCAAGCGGAUCUGGUGAGGUUGUCGGUGAUUAGACAUCCAGUGCCUGGCGGGGAUUGAUGUGUAUAUUCUUAGCCCUGCCAUCUACCGCCGUGGUUGGCUGUGCCAAAUGUAUGUAUAGUCAUGAUAGAGUAUUCUACACGCUGUUUGUCUUUGUGAGCGACAGCUUAGUGCAAUGGCACUGCCAUUCAACGACUGCCCAACCAUACACCACACUAGGCAACUACUUGACACAGAUGUAAUACUACAAUGCA